AUGGCUUCCUCCAUUGCAGUACUACUUGUAUUCAUCGUCUCUCUAGUGUCCUUCUCUCCCAUCCAUUCAUCAUCAUCUCCCAUCUUGUACUCAUCUCCCGAUCAAGAGACCAAAAAGAUUGAUGGGUUUAAGAUCAGACUUAUCCACCGUCACUCUCCUCAAUCACCAAUCUAUAACCCCAAUUUCACAGCCUCUGAUCGACUCCGCGAAAUGGUUAACCUCUCCUUGUCACGCCAUAGCAGUAGCUACUCCUACUUGAAUGGUGGUGGCUCUAGGAUGACAACCACCGGAGAAGCACUUGAUGAUAUCAUGGCCGCAGUUAAGUUUGCUAGUGGGACUUACAUAAUGCAGUAUUCCAUCGGCACUCCACCCACCCCAAUGUGGGGCUUUGUGGAUACAACAAGUGAAAUUAUUUGGCUCCAGUGUCAGCCUCGCAAGAAAUGUUACCCUCAAAGGGGUCCCAUCUGGGACUCUCGUAGAUCUGCUACCUACAAGAAGAUCCAAUGCAUUGAACGUGAAUGUAAGUAUUCAGAUCAUACGCAUUGCACAAAAGGAGAUCCCUUUUGCCAUUAUGGGAUGUCUUAUGGUGAUACGACAACCACAUAUGGCUAUCUCUCUACUGAAACCCUAACCUUUAGAGACCAGCAGUCAAAGAGAGGCACGAUUUCUUUAUUAAACAUGAUCUUUGGUUGUGGAAAUGAUAAUAAAGAUGGAUUGGAAGACGAAUAUAACAUUUCAUCAGGGACAGUUGGCCUUACCAAACAAAGAUUGUCCCUCAUUUCACAGCUCGAUUUCUAA